GGAGUGAAAUAUGAUAUUUUGAAAUGUCAGGCAAAAAUUACGGAGUCAAAGACAAGAGCCGCGUGUCUAAAUCGCCAAAUCGGUUCAGUUCUCGACCUGUCACCCAAAAUAAACCUGAAGAUGAACAAUUUAGUACUCGCGAUGUAUCUACUAAAGUUGACCCUGGAUUAGAAAAAGGGUGUACAGCUAGCAUUUUCCAAGAGAUAUUCGUCUCCGACACCUCCGACGCCGCGCGAGAUCUCACCAAGAAAGUGACCAGAAGCAACUCUUCGCCGUCGCUUCUUGCGUCUAGAGAAAUUUUCGUCUCCGAAGCAGCAUUGGAUUCAUCGAGUUACGAAACUCUACAUGAGCAAGAGAAUGAGACGCCUCCUGAACCUUCUGAUAAUUAUCGCGAUCAAACACCGACUAAAAAAGGCUUGGAUUAUCUGGUAGUUCCAGUAGAAUUCCACGGCGAUCAGGCUUCGGCCGUCCGCAGUUCAGCCUCCGGACCCAAGCACCCUGACGAUGGUAUCAAGGAAGCUCCUGCAAGCGACUGUUCGGAAGCGUCGCCAGCUCCGGGGAUGUCUGUUCGCUACCGCAGAUUUGCUUCAGUUAGUGAACGUGAGAUGCGUUCCAAGUCCCCGCUUCAGAGUCGCUCUUUUGCAAUGAAAGUCGAGAGGGGGCGUGAGGUGGUAGCCGUGAUGGGUGCUGGUGACUACGGCACUGCGCUCGCCAUUCGCCUGCGCAACGCAGGCUACCACGUGCUGCUCCUCACCAGGGUUACCAACCUCACGCGAAUACGUCUCAACGAGUUAGGCUACUCCGUGCUGGAGCCUCGCAAAGUAACUGAGGGCGAUCAGUCGGUGGAAGACGCGUCUGCUGACGCUGAUGAACCUUCGGACGGCGUGAUCGAAGUGGUCACUCGUCAUGACGGGCUGGCGAGGGCGAGCGUCGUCUUCGUGACGGUAGCGAACCGCGACUUUUCGCGUCGUCUGCUACGUCUACUUAGGAAUAAGAUCCUCGUCGACGUCAGCAACAGGAUCCCAAGCAAGAGUGGUGUCAGCCCUAGCAACGCCGAAGAGCUGCAGGCUCUCGUUCCAUCUUCGGCGGUGGUGAAGUCCUUGAAUACGAUCUCUGCGUGGUCGCUGCUCUGGCGCACUAAGCUUAUACCUAAGCAAAACCCAACGUGUGGAGACGCUGCGUGGGCGGUGCAAACGGUGCAGAACAUCCUACGUGAGGCGAGCCUCCCGUGCACCCGCGCGGGGAGGCUCUGCAACGCUGCAAAGCUGGAGGGCCUCCCGCUCACCUUCUUCCCUGAAGCGCAGGUGGCCAUGGGCAUCAUCACGGCCGUGGUCACCUUCUUCACCAUCCUCAACCUCUUCCGCAAUCAACUUUGUCCCCUUAUGGCCAACCCUGAAACUUCUGUGUCUGAUCUCUUCGAGAACUUCCUGCUCGACAACACGUUGCUAGGAUGCGGACAGUCAGCCAUCAUGUUGCUGACGCUCACAUACCUUCCAGGCGUGCUGGCAGCUUACCUGCAGCUCUUGAGAGGAACCAAGUACCAGCCGUUCCCUGCAUUCCUGGACGCGUGGCUGAGAGCCAGGAAAUAUUUGGGCUUGGCUGCUGCUAUGAUCAUCUUCCUUCACAUGCUGACGGUGAUCUUAUCGGGAUCGGCAGGUUUAGACUUACUGAGAUCAAACCUGCAGUGGAUGUAUCCGACCGCUCUGGGCUUGGGAGCCAUUGGCGUAUUGCUGCUGUUGAUGCAGAGCGUAUUCUCGAUCCCUGGUGUGAGCGAUCAGCUGUCGUGGUCAGAAAGCCAGUUUGUUUUUAGUCGACUUGGAUGGCUUGCCUACAUCGUUGGAUGCUCUCAUGUCGUCCUUAUGGAAUGGAAUGAUUUGCUGAACUUCACAUCUUCGAGGCAGUGUUACGUGCUCAUACAAGGAAGUCAGAUUGUGAUGAUGGCGGCAGCAUUGACUGUUGCAUUGAAAGUGCUACUCCUGCCGUUCGACUGGCGACUCACUGCAAUCCGCAGAGGAGAAGGCAAUCGCACACGCUCCAGAAAAACAAAACCAAGGAAGGAAAGAAUGGCGGACCCGCAUAGUUCUAUCGUAUAAAUAUUGAAAGUCAACAUGAAGCCACGACAAUUUACAAGAGAAAAAAUUGAUGCGAGACGGAAAUGCCAUACCACUAUGAAAUUAUGUGAUUCGCCACAAAACUAUAACUGUAGAUUAAUAAUUUCUAUAGAUUAAUUAUUUCGUUCUGAGUGCGAGUUUACUCUCAGUGUACGCUUCAUGAGAAGCAUUCGUUAAAUUCGGGAAUGAAAAUGUAAGAAAAUUCUGGAUGAAAUUCCCAUCGUAUUUUCACACAAGACUAAAUUCCGUGCUCCUAGCAUUUGUAGCCACGUAAAACUACUAUUCAUUUUUACAAUCAUGUCAUAUUUAAAAUAUGCAACGAUACAAAUUUGAUUCUUUACAGUUUGGCUUGCAUCAAAUUAUUGUAAUUACUUCGCCAAGAAUUGCACCACCCAAUAAAUUUACGCUAUUUGAUGAUGACGAAGCUUAAUUCUUAAUUAAGUUUAUUUAUUGUGGCUCAGAUCAGGCAUGAAUUUAACUUCAGCCGACAGGUUAUGGGCGGCACAAGAUGUAAAAUGGCCAAAGCCAAUAAAAAAAGCACUACAUUUUAUUUUUGGUUGAUGAAAUUGCAUUGAAUUAGGAUAAAAAUACUCGUGUGAAUGGAAUUCCUGUGUAUAAUUAAGCAGAAGCACACAUACGCACGCUGAAUAGCGCUUCUACCAUAGUUAGCCACCCAUUGAUUGGAACCAAAUUUGAAUGAUAAACUUGGUGACUCAUAACUCGUAUAUGUAUAGCUUGGUGACUCAUUUAGGUGAUGUAAUAAAACUCUGUCGUAGAGCAACACGCACUCUAAGGCGAAUGCAACAAGGAAACCGUCAAUAAGUUUAAGCUUUUAGUCAGAAAAUGACAUUGCAAUGCAUAGAAAACACGAUCGCCUUUCGAAAUUUAUUUUAUUUGCAUCAUAUUGAUAUAAUUUUGCGCGUGGCAAUCUCACUCGAGGAAGCCAGCACAUGUGCAGGGUGCUCAUUCAGCUCUGAACGAGCAUCUGAACACUACAUUUAAAUUUACUAGGGCAAUCCUUGCAAUUUUCACACGCAACUACUCAGUAAUUCAGUCUUGACUACAAAAUCUUGUAAAAUGCAUUUGAACGAAGCUUGAGUUUUCAUAGAACUUCAUGUCGUUGGUGAUGUCAUAAAAACUUGGAUUAGAAAAAACUAUGGUUGUAUCAACCUCUGGGUUUCUGGAUCUGCAUCGAUGAAAGUCGUCGUUCUUCACUAUUGACACUUCUUCAAUAUAAUAAAUUAUGUAUGGUGAGAGAUAACAUUUCUCACUAUUGAUACUUUGUCGCAAAAAAAUUAUGUAUGGGGAGAGAGAGCCAUGAUUUCUCACAAUUGACUGUUAGUGGAUCAAAUAAAUUAUCCAUGCCAGAACGAUCUCAAGAAACGGAAGCAUGUUCUGGGCGGUCGCAAGUCCACUAUUACUACUUACUUUAUCCCGUCUGCACAUAGCUUGCAUGUCAUAAAAGCUAAAAAUACUGGAAUAAGAUGUAGCUUUUAGAGAAGGAUUAAAAAUUUUGCAUGUACCCUCUAAUGUACAUAGGGCGUUUUCAUUCCCACGAGAAAAAUGAAGGAUAACCUUGAUGAAGGAAGUGUAAGUGUCGGAUAUCUUAGCCAAGUCACAACUGAACACAAGCGCAAUACAAGAGCAGUAUUACGAAGCUAGCUUCUUCCUGUAGCCUAAUUAGAGACCUAGAAUUAAUGUUCUUACAUCAUAUCACCCAUAACAUCAACAACAUAAC